CUCGUGUGUGUAUAUCUGUCCCUGCCAUAGCCCCAAGCUCCAGUCGUCCUCUGUGAUGGACCCGCGCGCUCUGGGACUCCCGCCAAAUAGGAUAAUGGUGAAGCUGAUGGUGCAGAACCGUUUGAGAUGGAAAUCCCUUCUCCAACCUCCUCACCACACCAACAAAGCCUCCUCAAAGCCCUCCUUUUCUUCUUCUUCACAACAACCUCUUAGAUAUGCAGUGAUUGGAGCUGGCUUUGCUGGAUUAUCUGUAGCUUGGCAUCUCUUACAGCAUGUUCCAUUCAUGACGUGAUCUACCAGAUGAACAGCUUGGAUCAUGGAUAGGUUGGUCCACUUAUCACCAGCCAAGGGGAAAAUGCAUAGCCCCAAGGACACACAUUUAUGCAUUGAUAUCUAUGAUGAAGUUGGGAUUGGCGGUGGUGCAUCCGGGGUUGCUGGAGGACUUCUUCAUCCUUAUUCACCAAAAGCUAAGCUGCUGUGGAGUGGAGCUGAAUGUUGGGAAGAGUGUCUAAAGUUGUUACGCAUUGCAGAAACAGCUGAAGAUGGAAGAACUACGGAGCGAGAAGCUCAAGAUUUCACACGCAAUUCUAAUGGACUUCUAGUUCAGAGAAGGGGCAUCUUAAGACCUGCAUCGGACAUGAAGAAUGCAGAUAUCUUGAAGGAGAAUGCUCAGAACUGCCUUGGGAGUUGCAGAAUAGAAUUCAUUCACAAGGAUGCUGCCCAGAAUCUUGUACCUGAUCUCUGUGUGCCUGUCAACUCUGCUGUUUACAUGCCCCAAGCUGUGAAUGUUCAUCCUAAGCGCUACCUUCAGGCUCUCUUCUUGGCAUGCCAAAAUCUUGUGAAAGAUUUGUCAGCAGCAGGGUAUUAUGGGAAAGAAAUCCACAUGCAUAAGAAAUCUGUCAACCGCCUCCUUGAACUAGCAGGGGAAUACAAUGCUGUCAUAAUCUGUUUAGGCGCCAAAGCAGACACGCUUCUAGAACUGUCCGGAAAGCUCCCCUUGAGAACAUGCAGAGGCAUAGUUGCGCACCUACAUCUGCCAAACGAUACACAAGGAGAAUAUGGAGAUCGUAGCCCAUCAAUCUUAUCCGAUGCAUGGCUUGCAGUCCAAGGGCCACGUAGUAUGAUCAUGGGCUCAACAUGGCAAUGGGGGUCGAGGAACUAUUCUUCGAGCGUCUCUGCAGAAGAAGCUUCCACUGCCCUUGAAGAGCUCACACAGAAAGCGUCUUCCGUGUAUCCAGUUAUAAGCAAGUGGGCUUUAACUGAAGCAAAAGCGGGUCUGAGGGCAAUGCCACCAUUGACUCCUCUUGGGUCCCUUCCGCUUUUGGGCUGUGUCGACGAUGCAGUUGGUCAUCAGAAUGUUAGGUGUAGAUACUGGUUCUUCGGAGGGCUCGGUGCGAGGGGCCUGCUUUACCAUGGUUGGCUAGGAAAACUGAUGGCACAGGCUGUGAUUUCUUGUGAUGAAGAUGUACUCCCUCUUGAACUGACUUCAUGGAAGAGUAGGAUGAAAUGAUUAAAGGGAACCCAAUUUCAAAAGAACCCCAUGAUCUUUUUUCUUUUUCCUUCUUUCCUUUUUUUUUUCCCAGUGGAUAAGCUAGGAUGUAGUCCAUGCUCUUGAGUCUGCUGGCAGCUCUGUUCAACUACGCUAGAGGCUUGAACCUGCUCUUUUGUGUUUGGGAAUGCAGAAAACUUUGGGGGCCUGUUGUGAUUGAGAAAAGAAAAAGGGCAAUUGUGAUGAUUGUCGCCAGAUGAUUUCUCAAGAUUUCCAUGAGCAAUAUUGGGACAUGGAUUGUCAUCAAUUUUGGUUUUGGGGUAUUGUUUGGAUAGCAAGGGGAGAACCCAUAAAGCUCUGGUAAUUUUCACCUUAUAUCUUGUGUACGAGAAUUUGAUUAUGAGGUUUGAGCAAUAAUUGCUUUUAAAAUCCGAUA